AUGGAGAAAGGUGUAGAUAUUGAACCCAGCAUUACAAACUUAAUUAUAGAUGGUCAAGCUCGUGAAACAAAAACAUAUGAAGAACAGAAUUAUCCUGAAAUUGAAAAAAUAUCAAAAGAAUUAUUAGAUUCCAACGAACAACAAAAACUAGUUAUUGAAUUACUUAAUGUAGUCGCUUCUAACAAGCCCCUCAUUUCUCCUGAACAACUUGAAGCCUACUUUUCUUAUCUACAAGUUCAAAAUCUUCAGCCCGAAAUCGCAAAGUUGAUUUUAUAUGCAAUUGAAAUACAUACCGUUAAUCUACCUGAUUCAGAACCUCUUGUUUUUCCACAAUAUUCAAUUCAAUUACUUUUGAAUUUUAUUUCAUUAAAAUCAACUUUUUUAAUUUUAGCAAAAAUGAUCGAGAGAGAUCCAGAAACUGUUCCUGCCCUUGAUCAGAUAUCUUGUGGAUCGAUUGUUUCAACAAUCCAAAAUUUAUUACCAAAUUUUAAUGAAAUUGUUGAUUCUGCUUUAGUUUUUACUGCUGCUGUAUGGUCCACAAAGUAUGAUUUAAGUAAUUCUGCAUCUUUAUUCCCAUUAAUAAUGAGUUAUCAGUUAUAUUAUAAUUUUCCAAAGAAUUCAUUCUUAGCAUUAAAGAGUUUCGUGCAUAGAUCAGAGAGUAAUGCUAUAAACUUCAUAGAAUGCAAUGCUACAGACUGUUUUACCAACAUUUGUCAGUAUCCAGAUUCAAUUUACAACGCGUUGAGUUUUCUGAAUGAAUUGAUAUAUCAAACAAAGAAAAUACGUAAACUACUUGACGAAUACAAUUUAAAUUUGAUAUUUAACUGGGUAAUUAAUUCAGCAAAAUUUAAUUCGAAAAUUAACUACGAGAAAUCUCUUAAACUCAUUGAAAAUAUAAUAUACAACUAUCUUAACUAUGGCACACCACUUAAAUCUUCUUAUGUCGUUCAUUGGCUGAUUUCUCGAAGAAUUUAUGAUUCUUUGUUCAAAAAUUCAGAAAAUUGCUCAUCUGAUGCUAAAAUUAGUAUUAUUAAGAUACUUGCAUACAUGUUGAUAUAUUCUACGCCAAGUCAGUGCAAUUAUUUGAUAAAUAAAUAUCCUUUGAUUCCUUUACUUGCUGAAAUGGUUUCUAAGAGUUCUGAUGAGAACUUAAAUGCACUUAUAUCUGUUGCUUUGGAAACAGUUGUUAUUUUUUUGGAAUUUCAAAUGAAAGGUGUCGAAACAAGAUUAGAAAAACUUAGAGGAGUUCCUGAUCAUAUACUUGAUGAAUAUCUGAAGAAAGUUGAAGAAAAUAUAAAAGAUUCUCCGUAUAAAUUAGAAAAUUCGAUAAUUGAUCUUCCUGAUGGACUUAGAGAGGAAAUAAUUGAACUUAAUGAAUUAGAUGAUAAUGAAAAUGAAUGUUUGUACAGAUUUAUAGAAGAUUUGGAUCAAAUAUUCAACGAUGUAUAA